AUGACCCUUAAAGGAGGCACCAGCCAAGCUUGUGCUUCGUGCAAAUAUCAAAGGAGGAAGUGCUCCUCUGAAUGUCCUCUAGCACCUUACUUCCCUCCCGACCAACCGAAGAUGUUCCAAAAUGCUCAUAAGUUGUUCGGUGUACGCAAAAUUCUCAAGAUACUUGAGAAUCUUGAUUCUUCUCAGCAGGAGGAAGCGAUGCGUUCUAUCAUUUACCAAGCUAAUAUUCGUGACAGGUUUCCUGUUCAUGGCUGUUGGGGCAUCAUUUGUCAAUUGCAUUUCCAGAUUCGGCAGGUCGAAGAAGAGCUCCACGCUGUACAUGCACACCUUGAGAUGUACAGGCAGCAUCAUCACCAUCAGAUUGCGGCUUUAACGGAGGAUGUUCCCUCUCAAUUAGAAUUAGGAAUGGCACCUCCUCAGCCUUGCCUGGCACAACAGUACUCCUAUUCUAUGAGCAGUAAUAUUGGCUACAGUUCUAGUUACAUGGAUUCUAAUGAUAAUGUUGGGAAUUCUCUUUGGGGUCAACAUCCUUAUGCUACAAACAAUAACACCAAUUCCAUGCCAAUUAUUCAGUCUCAGUUAGUUGCUUCGCAGCCACUAGCUACCCAACAAGAAGUUGUUCAAGAUUAUGAUGAGAUGCAUCCAUUUUUUGAUACUAUUGAUGACAGGCAGUCAUAUAUUGAGACUAAAGAACCCUACGAGUCCAGCUCAGAAGAGUCAUUGAAGGACACUACACUAUCCAUGGAGCACGUUGCAGAGAAUGAAUUGAAGAAUGCUGCUGCGUGUUUCAGUCUCACCAGUAUCAAUUGA